CACGAUGUAUGUUCAACCGUUCACCAUCAAGGUCAAUCAGAGCUGGUGACGAAUCCAUCCAACCCCACUGAGCGUCCCCAAGAUAGUUUGGCUAAGGUAAAACAGGAACACCAAACCAAACGUUCCAUUUUUGACGCUUCACCCUCGCUGGACAAACGAUCCAUGGAUUUUCGACGAGCAAAAGAUGACACAUCCCACCAGUCGUCCUGCAAAUCUUCCAGCUCAAUUCCAACCCUCCCCGGACUGGUGUAUGCGCCGGAGACGCAUCCAAAGCGGGUGCAUCCCAAAUACACCCAACCACGAGAUUUCCAUGACGAAAAUGAUUCCGAGCUUGAGGAAUUCCAAGCUUGAUGUAAUCAACUAAUUC